AUGUACUCCAGACUACCCCGACCCAUCCAAAUCCAACUCCUUGUCAAAAACCGAACAACCACCCCUAUAAUACGACUCAGGCGCACACUCCAAAACCGCCGAGCAAUCCUCGGCCUCAUCGCAAAUGCUCCAGAAUCCGCCGUCGCCUCUCAACCAGCACCAUGGCAUCCCCUCCUCCCACACGUCAUCCGUGCGCUUGCCCGUCUCCUCAUCACAGCUGCUCCAGCACGUAUUCCCAAGGCCGGUGGAGCCGCCCUGAGCGGCGCACCCACCGGCCUGCGGAACCACACAGCCCCAGUCAGCAGCGCACUCGAAAUCGCUCGGGCAGUCGGACACCUGGAGGCAGGUGGCGUAGGAGUCGCUGCCGCUCUCGGAGAUGUAACACCACGGGUCGUUCUCAGCCCAGUCGCCGCCGAUCGGGGAGCCUGUGGCCGGGUCGCAUUUGUUCCAGCAGCGCUUGGUCGUGCCGCCGACGGUGAAGCAGCCGUCCGCGGCUGUGGCUUCGGGAGGGGAGGUGGUCUUAGUCGUAGUGGCCGUGGCCGUGGUCGUGGCGCUGACGCUCGUCGGACCGCUGUCACUGCCUCCAUCCCUGUCGCCCAUGUCUGGAUCAGGAUCGAGGGUGUAGCAGACGUCUUGGCCGGUUGUCGAUGUUGUAGCCGUGACGUCGCAGCCUAUGGCCAGCAUGCUGCUUGUGGUCGUGCAGCUGGUCGAGGUCGUGUCGAUGCUCUCGCACGACACCCAGUAGUUUGUCUCGGUGGAGGUCUCGGUGCAGCUGCUGUCCGGAUCGUCAUUGUUGUUAUCCACUGGGUCUCCGGGGGGUCGGUCAGGAGGGUUCGGGUCGUUGGGGUCCACGAAGCCUCCGUCGCCACUGCCGCUACUCGGGCAUAUGAAGCAAUUGCAGAAGUCCAGGGGGCUGGUACAGUGGGCACCGCAGUUUUCGUUUGCGGCGCAACCUGGAGAGCCGGGGCCGUCCGUGACGGUGAUUUUGGGGACAACGGGGAGGUCAAUGUCGUCGUCGUCGCCGCUAUUAUCAUCGUUCUGAUCAUCGUCAUCGUUGUCAUCGUCCUGGUUGUCAUCGUCCUGGUUGUCAUCGUCCUGGUUGUCAUCAUCCUGAUUGUCAUCGUCCUGAUCAUCGUCAUUCUGAUCGUCAUUCUCGUCAUCGUUGUUAUCGUCCCGUCGUCAGAGUAG